AUGUCGCGACAAGCCGAACCCAACCCCAACACAUCCAUGUCGCCUGGCUCGAGCGACAUGGAGAAAAAUCAUCACCAUGAAGGCCAGGGCACCGAGCAAGAACCCAUUAUUGUCGAAUUUCAAAAGGACGAUCCCGGAAAUCCCAUGAAUUGGGGUCAGACUCGGAAAUGGUUCGUUGCUUGCAUCGCUACCUUGUCGGUCUUCGUCGUCACCUUCACUUCAUCGGCAUACUCAGAAUCCUCCCGCGAAAUCCUCCGAGAAUUUGGCACCAGCAGCGAAGUAUUUGUCGUGGGUGUCUCCGUCUAUGUGCUCGGGUUCGCCAUCGGCCCGGUAAUAUGGGCUCCUUUGUUUUAUGGUAGGAGGAUGCUCUGGAUCAUCUCCCACAUCGCCAUGGUAGCUUUCAUUGGGGGGUCAGCUGGAAGCCAAAACAUUGAGACUCUCAUGGUCCUUCGAUUCCUCACGGGCACCUUUGGCGGCUCCCCCAUUGUCAACUCGGGCGGUGUCCUCGCCGAUAUAUUCCCUCCCGCCCAGAGGGGUCUCGCCCUUACGCUGUACGCCCUCGCCCCCUUUUUCGGUCCCAUCUUGGGUCCCAUCAUUGGCGGCUUCAUCUCAGAGAAUGUCGGAUGGCGAUGGGUACAAGGAGUCUGCUGUAUCGCCAUCGGCGUCAUCGGCAUUCUCGGCAUCAUCUUCAUCCCCGAGACAUACGGGCCGACAAUUCUCCUCCGGAGGGCAAGUCGCUUGUCCAAGGCUGACGGCAAGACCUACAUCAGUAUCCUCGAAAAGAACCAAGGCAAGAAGAAGCCGUCCGAGGUGUUCAAGAAAGCCUUGGUACGGCCUUGGGUACUCCUAUUCCUAGAGCCCAUCGUGUUGGUUGCUUCACUUUACAUUGCCGUCAUCUACGCCAUCAUCUACAUGUUCCUGCCUGGGAUGACCAUUGUCUUCAACGUUGGCCGUGGAUGGAGCGAGGGCGUCGGCGGCCUGGCGUUUCUUGGCAUGGCCGUCGGCAUCAUUUUCGGAGGGGCUUACGCCAUUUACGACAACAAACGGUACAUGAGACUGUUCGUGGCCAAGACUGCAACUGCGGAAUCUCGCUUGCCACCAGCAAUGCUUGGUGCUGUCGCCCUCCCGGUCGGCAUAUUUGCCUUUGCAUGGACCAACUAUCCCAGUAUUCACUGGGCAGUUUGUAUUGUUCUUUCAGCCCCCUUUGGUUUCGGCUGUAUCCUCGUCGUCCUUCCGGUGGUCAACUACCUCAUCGACUCGUACACCAUCUACGCCGCUUCGGUUCUCGCAGCAUCCGCCAUCCUGCGCUCUGUUCUCGCAGCCGCAUUUCCCCUGUUUACCGCCCAGAUGUACGCCAACCUUGGAAUCCAUUGGGCGAGCUCCGUGCCGGGGUUCCUAACAUUGGCUUGCAUGCCAUUCCCAUUCAUCAUGUACCGCUACGGGAAGGCCUUGAGGAUGAAGUGCAAGUAUUCCUUCGAGGCUGCCGAGAUAAUGAAGCAGAUGCAGAAGCAGCAAGAGGCGGCCACAAACCCUAACGAUGAAGGCGCCGGUGCAAAGUAA